AUGGUAUCAAGACUUCAAACAGCUGGGUAUUCCGGCACCCUCGUACACGAUCCUCCAAAGUUGGCAGAGCGGGGCGGUGUUGUGCUACUGGGAUUUGCAACUAGGGGAGAUUGUCACUAUUCUGUCAGCGCGGAGAUCAAGGUGUUGAGUCCUAACAGAUGGCUCAUCUCGCCGUCGAACUCACGUACUGAAUAUGACUCCUCCGGCGCCGCGGACGCACUCCCUACGUCCCACAAGAGGGCACUUUCCACCUCGGCUGAUACGCUACCUGCCGAACUGAAACGACGUCGCGUCAGCGGCUACAUCGACGGGAAACUGCAAAACUGGGUCUCACGGGCAUCCGCCGUCACUGCGAUCACCCACACCACCGUCAGGUCCGAGGACUUCUUUUCGGGUUCAUCCCAUCGGCGAGCUCGAUCUCUACAGUCUGGCAGUCUUGGCCGCGCGGAAUCGAUCACGGGAGGCAGCCUCUCUGUUGUCUACGAGGGCGAUAACAUCAACCCUCCCUCGGGCGGUUCUAUGUCUCGCUCUGUAGCUUCUAGGCAUCUGAAUCACCUUGGUCUCGCAACUGAUGAUGCUAUGUCUUCGACUGGCCAGCCUGGGGAUCGCUCAGCCACGGCAGCCGGCGGCCUGCCGUCUGCCAAAUCUCAUUCUGCCAACGCCAUUGUUCCUGCUUCAGCCUCGCCUCAGGCUCCCGACAACGACUCUGAUGUCUCGUAUAUGGGAUCUCAACUGUUUGACGUCUCCGCUGCUUUGGCCUUUAGCACUCUAUCUGCCCCUUUGCUCAUUGACUCCGAAGACUUGGUCAGAAGUGCCGAGGACUCGGACGACCAACGCUUGCAAGACUUGAACACCGCCCUCGUGAAUCGAGUCAAUGACAACUCCAUACAGAUCAUCGCGCUUCUGGCGGAGAAAAGGGGCACUGUACAUGACCAGGAGAUUACGAGCUUGACACAGAAUCUUGAUGGUAUGUAG